AUUCAAUAAAGAUUACAUUAAUGCUACAAUGAUUACUAUGAAAUUAUUCAACUACUUUAGUUUAAAUACAGUAGAACUGUUGUCAAUGGCAGCAAAAUGUACUUUGAACGACCCUUUAAUACUUAUUCAUGAGAUUUCAUUAAUAUUGAACUAUCGGUGAACUUUUCAACUGUAGAAUCAUACAUUACAUUAAAUAAAGUCAAAUUUACGCAUAGUAACAACCUCGUUUUGCUAUGGGUCAAUAGUCUUUGUGAAAAAAAGGUUAGGGAAAGACCUUGUCAAUACUGAUCCAACAAAAGAAGAAUAGCCAAGUUUCAUUAUUGUAAUACUAUAUUAGUGGAAAGAUUUCAGUAUCACAUUGAAGCAUCAAACAUUAAACUCUGAAAAGCAAACUUGAAAUCGAUAAAAACUAUGAAAGUUUUAAAGAGUUUUGAGGAAAUUCUAUUGCUGCUAACUUUUGCAAUGUUUUUUAUCCAUGCUCUAGAAAUUUCUCCACCUCCAAAUCGAAAGAUCCGAGCAUUACCUCCACCUGGAAAGGCGCAUGGACUCCCUCCUAGCGGUAAUACAGACAAUUUACCUCCAAGUCGCAAGGUACGAGCAUUACCUCCAUCUGGAAAGGCGCAUGGACUCCCUCCUAGCGGUAAUGCGAACGGUCUACCUCCCAGUGGCAGCAGUAUCAAUAAGCAGGAACAGUAGACAUUCAAGAGAGUGAAAGUAAAACUUUUUCAGAAGAUAGAAUUCUUAACGAGAUAUUAGAUAUAUCAUUCCUUAUAUCAGAUAAUCUUGAGUUAUUAUCUCUUUUGUAGAAAAGAAAAGGAUGCUAAAAAUCAAUGAUUAUAUUGUUUUAUUGUUUAACAUUUAUCGUCAAGUGCGGACUACUAGGCUCUAUUACGUAAAAUAUUAUUGUGAGAUUUUUGCAGUAUUGCAGUAGACUAUCAAUUAAUACAAUUAUACGAAACGAAAUAAAACUAUUAAUUACGUAAUAAUAAUAAUAUUAAUAUUUAUGAAAAUUCACUCAAGUGUGAAAUGAUUUGAACAUCUAUGUCGCAAACUGAAACAAUAUUGAGCAUUUGAGUUGAAUUUGAAUUGGAUAGCCAUUUAAUAUAGAUUAAUUUACAUAAUCUAUAACCGCAACUACAUUUGAAAGAACACUUUCCCGUUUGUGAUGAUUUUAGUGAACAUUGAUAAAAGAUUCCACUCCAUAGGUCAUUUUCUUUAAAGUAUUGAUCCGCGGACGGUACGUAAACAACAACGAAAGGCAACUCCGAACUACUGGAGCACGUGAAAUUAUCACCUGUAAUAUCAACUUGAACCAUAUUUGAAUAUGGUCGAUAGAUUUGAUAUAUAAAUUUUUGCUGUUUUGUCGAGUUUAACUGAUAACAAGUUUCAUAUCUCUCAGGCGAUGACAGACCUCCCAAUUCGCAGACAUUAUCAACCAUUAGGUGUCCGUAUAAUCCAAGGUGAUCUAAAUACCGAAACGGCUCUGUUAUUAAAUUGAAAAACUGAUAACAAAGUAUUAUCUUGUUUCUGAAGAGAAAUUUGGUUUUGAGUGCGUUCGCAAAAGGAAUUCUGGGAUUUAUCGUUUAUAAUCCAUACGUAUUUACCUUUAAUUAUUACACAUACAUACAAUUUUUAAAGGUACGCUUCUACAAACUUUUUUACCUCUAACUUUAAACUUUACAGCUGCAGCAGGAUUGGUCAACAACUUACGAUGCCAUACGUAAACAAGCUCUGCAUCUGAAUUAGGAUCGUCUGGAAUUAAUUCCAAUUCUCCUAGAAUAGAUAAUAAGAAAUAGGAGAAUAUUUAUUCAUAGCACGAACAAAUAAUUUAAAACCUCCAGGUAAAAAACAUUUCGGUGUACUUGUUAACUUGAAGCAACAACCUAAAUUUGAGCAUUGUUCAGCAACGUUUACUGCCUUACCGCAUUCAAUUCUUUCAUCACUUGGCAUGUAACAUAUUUUUGAAUUAAUAGUAGAAAAAUUGUUUAGAAUUAAACCAACUAUUAAUAGAAUAUUUGAACAAUUCAUCGUUUAUUGUUGAAAUGUUCAAGUUUGAACUAAAAAUAAAGAACAAUGUCAUUUUUACCUUAUUUAUAUCAUAUUCUCAAUAAAAAGAGGAUAAUAUCAAUUUCUAAUUAAUAUAAAAAAUAAAGAAGAG